UCUAUUCGAAGAACUUUGCGAAAAAAAGGAGAAAAACGAGGAAGCGGUGAACAGAAAUCAGACGGCACCGGCAACGAUAGAAAUUGCAUCAAGUUUCUGCUGAGCUUUUUAACAUUGGAAGAUUGAAAAAAUGUCUGGUGAGCAGGUCAGGAAAAUCACGCGUGAAGAUAUACAACUGGUGCAAAAUCUCAUCGAAAGAUGUUUACAGCUUUACAUGAACCAGAAGGAAACUGUUGAUACCCUCUUACAUCAGGCAAAGAUUCAGCCUAGUUUCACUGAAUUUGUGUGGCAAAGGCUUGAAGAAGAAAACCAUGAGUUUUUCAGGGCUUAUUAUACGAGGUUGAUAGUAAAAGAUCAAAUUACGAGAUUCAAUGAGUUGCUUGAGAGACAGGCUGAGUCAAUGCGUAUGUAUGCAACUGAAUCCGUUCCUGUGUCUAAUGGAUCUCAGAUUCAACCAGUAGCACAGAACUCAACCUUUCAAGCAACAGAGCAUGCUGAGCCUAAUGUGAAGCUUGCCAACAUGCACCCGACUGUUAAUGGCAAUUUACCUCAUGUUUACACAAAUGGUGCUUCGUCAGUCCAAUCAUAUGCGCAAGCUGCUAUGGAUGUUUCUGCUCAUGCAAGAAGCAUUGAUUUAUCACCAAACAUGCUAUUGCCUCAGCAUGCAAACCUGGGACUGAUGCAAGGACCAAAUGGGGGGAUGAUCAACUCAGCUGGUUAUUCAGGCAACAAUGGUGGUGAGGGCAUUCUCCAGCAGGCUCGUCCUGGAGUUGGAAAUUCAUAUGUUGAGCCAAGUGUACAACCAGUGAUUGAGGAUCCCUGGGGUGUUGAUACUUCUUCCUUUGGUUUCUUGGGAAAGAUUCCUCGAAACUUCAGUUUCUCAGACUUAACAGCUGAUUUUCCCAACACUUCUGAGAUUCUAGAGGGCUACUCUGGAUCAGCCUUUCUUGCAACAGAUACCAACGACUUUUUGGAUCCUCAGGAUAGGGGAGAACAAGAAAAUCAAGCCAUUGACGAAUUGGAUACUAUAUCAGAAGACGUGAGUUUUGACGAUCUUUGCAGUGAUUGAAUGACACUAUUCAGAUUACCAUCUUGCAGAGUUAACCCGUCUAUGUAAUCUUAUCUGGUUUAGGGGUAUAGUUUAUUUCAAGUAUUCUAACUUAAUGUCCAUAGCGAAGCAAGUUGU